AUGAAGUUUCCAGGUGACCGAAAAUCGGAAUCAGGCGACAAUAUCUACGGCUGUGUGAAGCAGCUAUUCCUUGUUAAGAAAAAGUACCGGAAUCUAAAGUUAAUGCUGUCCAUCGGUGGGUAUUCCCUGUCGGGAAACUUUACUACUCCAGCUAGCACGAAACAGGGAAGAAAGGAGUUUGCCGCCUCCACAGUGAAACUGUAUCCGACGGAGAAUAUGCAGCCCGAUGACAUGGUGCAGCUCCUUGCGGAGACCCGGUCGGCUCUAGACGCUUACAGUAAGAAGCAUGCUCAAAACAAACACUUCGAGCUGACUGUCGCCUCCCCAGCAGGCUCAUGGGAUCAAAUUGCUCGGCAUCAGGCCAAUAUCUACCCCUCCAUUUGCGAUCCCAAUGCCACCCAGUACGACAUUGACAGCGCCAUUAAGUAUUACAGGUCUCAGGGGGUUGCCCCGGAAAAACUCGUUCUCGGAAUGCCCUUGUACGCCCGUCGAUUCAACAACACUCUCGGACUCGGGAGGGCAUUCACGCACAGUGGCCAGACCGACGCCGUCCCCUACAAGGAUCUGCCUGUCAGUGGAAACAAUGUCUACAAUCUUCAGCAGCCGGUGGCUAGUUACCUGUACAAUAUCACGAGUGGCUCCUUGUUCAGUUAUGACACCCCAGAAAUUAUCAGCAUGAAAGCCCGGUACAUCAUGCAGGAGAGACUCGGCGGCGCAUGUUCUGGGAAGCAAGUGGUGACCGAAAGGGUCCCGGCAGUUUGGUGCGCAAUACAGUGA